GUGCAUUUACUAAAUAUUUUGACCCUCCUAGUACCAAUCUUAAUUGCCAUAGCAUUUUUAACACUAGUAGAGCGCAAAAUCUUAGGAUAUAUACAACUACGAAAAGGACCAAAUAUCGUAGGACCAUACGGUAUUCUUCAACCAUUCGCAGACGCAAUAAAACUAUUUAUCAAGGAACCUCUACGACCAUUAGCAACAUCUACAUCUCUAUUCAUCAUUGCCCCUACACUUUCACUCACCCUAGCCUUCAGCCUAUGGAUCCCAAUACCAAUACCACACCCCCUAAUUAACCUAAACCUCGGGGCCCUAUUUAUCCUAGCAACAUCAAGCUUAUCAGUCUACUCAAUCCUGUGGUCAGGAUGGGCCUCCAACUCAAAAUACUCAAUGUUUGGAGCUCUACGAGCGGUAGCCCAAACAAUCUCAUAUGAAGUUACCAUAGCAAUUAUCCUUCUAUCUGUAUUACUAAUAAACGGAUCUUUUUCCCUACAAUCACUAAUAUUCACACAAGAGGCCCUAUGAUUAAUUAUCCCAACCUGACCCCUAGGAAUAAUAUGAUAUAUCUCUACACUAGCAGAAACUAAUCGAGCCCCAUUCGACCUAACAGAAGGUGAAUCAGAAUUAGUAUCCGGGUUCAACGUAGAGUAUGCUGCAGGCCCCUUUGCCUUAUUCUUCAUAGCUGAAUAUACCAAUAUUAUCCUAAUAAACGCCCUAUCAACAAUUGUAUUCUUAGGCCCAUUCAACGACCCAAACAACCCAGAAAUAUUUACAAUAAACUUUAUAGUAAAAACACUAGCACUCACCACCCUAUUUCUAUGAGUACGAGCAUCUUAUCCACGAUUCCGGUAUGAUCAACUAAUACACCUAUUAUGAAAAAACUUUCUCCCACUAACACUAGCCCUAUGCAUAUGACAUAUCUCUGUCCCAAUCUUUAUAGCAAGCAUUCCACCAUACACCU